ACAAAGUCCGCGGGGACGGCGCUCUCCCAAGGGCCGGGCUUCCCGAGGCGCCCCAGGAUCAGGACCAGGAGCUGGGGACGAGGCCCUCCCGGCGGGAUCUCCUCGGGCACGAUGCCGACCACCCGAAAGAAGCUGCUGUUCCUGGCGGGCUUCGGGACCAGCCUGGGCUCGCUGGCCACCGUGUGCCUGGCCCUGGCCACCCCGCAGUGGGUCACCGGCAGGAUCGAGUUCAGCGACAGCAGCUUCUCCAACGGGAGCGUCGUCCUCACCUACGGGCUGUUCCGCGGCGAGAGCUCCCAGGAGCUGACCUCGGGCCUGGGCCAGUCCGACCUGGCCUUUGAAGUUUUAACGACGCUGUCGGACUCCUCUCCGAAAAGUCUCCACUCGGCGGUCAUCGCCCUCCUGUUCCUCAGCUUGUUCACGUCCCUGCUGAGCUCUGGGUUAACGCUUUUCAACAGCAUCAGCAACCCCUACCAGACCUGGCUCGGCCCCACCAGCAUUUUCACUUGGAACGGACUCAACGCGGCCUUCGUCCUGGGCGCCAUGGUCCUGUUUGCGGUGAACACGCAGGCCAACGGCCUGUCAGCGGCCAUGAGCUCGGCCCUUUACCUGUCGCAGGACUACAGCUACGGCGGCGCCUCCCACAGCUACCUGUACGCCUUCUGGCUGCUGCUGCUCGUCCUGGCGCUGAACGCCCUCACCGUCGCCGUCGUGGCCUUCUACCAGAACGCCCGCUACCACCGGCAGCAGAAGCGGCGGAAGCCCAUGGAGAACGCCCCCCGGGACGGCAUCCUGUUCUGAGGGCCGCGCUCUCGCCGGCCUCCCCCUCGCCGGCCUCCCCCAUAGACCCACUGGCGCUGUCGGGCCGGCGGAACCGAGGCCCGGGCCCAGAGGGGGCCCCGGGACAGUUACCCUCUCCUGCUUGUUUCCGGGCCGGGGCCUCCUUGCCCGCUCCUCGCAGUUGCUUGGUAGGACUUUGUGUAGUUUGCAUUUUCUCCCCGGAGCUUUGUCUCCCCGAGCGCAGGCUCCCCGGGGCAGGCCCGCUUCUCUUGGGUUUUGUCUGUUUCGUGGCUCCAGAGUCCAGCACAAAGAAUCCCCGCCCGGAGCCCCAAACUCUGGCUCCUCGGUGCCACUUUUCCGGUUUCCCGCAGCCCGUCCCCUGCAGGGACAGCACGUGGGCCCCGCUCAGCCCCAGGGACGUUUUCUCCCGGCCAAGGCUGCGUCUCCCUGGGGGUCACGGCCCAGGGCCCGCAGCGAGGCUCCAGAGAGGCAAUGAAGCGCUCCAGAAACUCAGAGAAAAGGGGACUCUUGGUAUUGUUGUUAUUCUUAAUUGUGGACAGUGCUUCCCUGGCUCCUCCCGAGCAGAUCCAGGAGGGAGCAUGGGCUGCUGACCCAGGAGGGCCUGAGGGCCCGAGCGGGCACAACGCUACUUUAUUAAACAUUUCACAGGAAA